AUGAGAGAGGAAUCCCGCCAGGUGUAUUGCUACUUUUGGCUCUUCGGUUUGAUCAAUAAUGUACUAUAUGUGGUGAUACUUUCGGCAGCUGUCGAUAUCGUGGGACCUACUUUGCCUAAAUCGUUAGUUCUAUUGGCGGAUAUACUCCCAUCGCUGACAAUUAAGUUAUGUUCCCCGUUCUUUAUUGAUAGGAUUAAGUAUAGCUACAGGAUAUGGUCCUUGAUUUUGCUGAGUUGUUUAGGGAUGUUCUUAGUUUCUUUUAAAAACUUGUUCGUCUGUCUCUUGGGAAUAUCGUUUGCUUCUCUAUCUUCCGGAUUUGGUGAAGUGACAUUCCUUCAAUUAACGCAUCAUUAUAAACAAAUUUCGUUGAAUGGUUGGUCCUCGGGUACUGGUGGUGCUGGGAUUCUUGGAGGGGCAUCCUAUAUGAUUUUAACCUCGAUUUUUAAAGUCCCGGUAAGGUUGGCCUUGUUGGUAUUUAGUAUCCUCCCGUUUGCAUUUUUGUUCUACUUCAAAUUAGAUGCCAACGGUACCAGCUCGAUAUAUCAAAGUGUCCGACAACUUGAUGAAGCCGAGGACGAACAAUUGGAGCCCUCUACUGUCACGUUGACACACACAAACGCUUCCCAAUCCUUAUAUAACUCCAGGCAGCACAUCUUUCAAACAUUCAAAAGGCUUCGGAGAUUGGUACUUCCAUACAUGCUUCCAUUAACCACUGUCUAUUUGUUCGAGUAUUUAAUAAAUCAGGCAGUAUCUCCCACCUUAUUAUUUCCAAUUGAUUCAAAGGAGAAUAAGUCCAUGCCCUUUUUUUUUCAUAAGUACAGAGAUAUGUAUGUUACCUACGGAACACUAUACCAGUUAGGUGUCUUCAUAUCAAGAUCAUUUGGGCACUUGAUAAGAAUGAGAAAUUUAUACAUUCUAGCCUUCUUACAAGGUUCGAAUUUAUGCAUAACAAUUUUACAAUCAUGGUUCUAUGUGGUUCAUUCGCCCUGGUCGGUGAUGAUAUUAAUAUUCUAUGAGGGUUUUCUUGGUGGUGCAUCAUAUGUUAAUACAUUUUUAAAUAUUUUGGAACAAGAGAAGCCCGAAGAAACAGAAUUUGCCAUGGGUGCUGUGUCUAUUGCAGAUUCAUUUGGCGUUUUCUUGGCUGCCCUGCUUGGUUUGGGCCUAGAACCUAAGCUUUGUAAGCACCAGGUUUCUGAUAAUAGACCUUGGUGUAGAAUGGAAUGA